GGAAAUGCGACUACGCAGUUUUAUAUGCAAGGCACUGUAAAGAGAUGGCGUCGCAUUUUCCGAGUCUAUGACAAUGGACACAUCGCUAGCCAUCAUCUGCUCAAUUCAAUUUGAGUGUAGUGCGUUUGCGAUCAUCGGUAUCCUUGUGGGAUGGCGGCCCGAGGAUGACGAGAACAAACAUCAUGCGUUGAGAUCUGUGCUUGCCGGAGGGUGGCAUGUGGCAGGCGGGGUGGGACAGGUGAGUUGUCUGUUUGCUUCAUUUUUCACUUUUAUGGCGUCAUAUGGACAGAAUUUUCCCUUGUUGAAUGAACUUUGGGGUGUUGUUGCGCUCCCAGGUCCGAUCCAGCGAAGUGGAGAGAAUGCGAUGUUAAUCAAAAACAGUUCAGACGGCAGGUCACAUCACACCCUGGCUUCAAGCAUCUAUCUGGAUAAUGGAAGCGAGUCGCCAAAAUGAUGAACAGUUCUUCGAUCUUUCACGGCGUUCAAACAUUCUGCGCAUGUGACUGGUUUGCAGCUUCACAACCAACAUAUACGUUGGUUCGAUCAAGGGACCUUAGAUCGAGUGUCCAUUUCUACAGGACCUCAUGCGAAAGUACUUACUUCGGUCAAUCAAUGCAGGAACGGAUAUCGCCCCCAUGAUGCUCAUUUCGGUGAUGAAAGCACUGGGUGGUGGUAUAUCUAGUACCCACCAACUUCGCUGCUCCCUCGUCCCCAUCCUCUACCAAGAUGACUCUAGUCUUAAAUGAUCCCAGUCUCUGGCCGGUCAUUAAUGCGUACCGUAUUUACA